AUGAAUUCGAAAAAUGUGAUAUCAUCAGCUAGUGGAGAUGUCAAGAAUGCUGUGAAACUCAAGAACCAGGAAGAAGAGGAUCACUUACGUGUAGAAGAAGAAACACCUCAUGAUGCUGAUGAUGUUGUUGUUGAUGUUGAUGUUGAUGAUGAUGAUCAUGAUGUUGAUAAUAAUGGUGACAAUGAGGAGGAAAAUGGAAGAUAUUGUAGACGUGAGUUUGAUCAUGGGUACCAUCUAGUGAAAGGUCAAAUGGGUCAUGGCAUGGAAGAGUACUACAUCGUAGCUGAUACCAAAACCGUUAAAGGCCACAAUCUUGGGUUAUACGCUAUAUUCGACGGCCACUCAGGCAUUGAUGUUGCGGAUUAUUUGCAUAACCAUCUAUUUGAUAACAUAUUGAGUCAGCCGGAUUUUUGGAGAAACCCUAAGAAGGCAAUCAAGAGAGCGUAUAAAUCUACGGACGACUACAUUCUCCAUAACAUAGUUGGUCCACGAGGUGGCUCCACUGCUGUGACGGCUAUAGUAAUUAAUGGUAAGACAACUGUGAUUGCAAACGUUGGAGAUUCAAGAGCAAUCUUGUGUCGUGCAAGUGAUGUAGUCAAACAAAUUACGGUUGAUCACGAACCUGACAACCUUGUCGAGAGCAAAGGCGGCUUCGUCUCCCAAAAGCCAGGUAAUGUUCCGAGAGUGGAUGGACAACUAGCGAUGUCGCGCGCGUUUGGAGACGGAGGCCUUAAAGAGCAUAUAAGUGUGAGACCGAACAUAGAGAUUGUCGAGAUCCACGAUGACACAAAGUUCUUGAUCUUGGCUAGCGAUGGACUCUGGAAGGUGAUGUCGAACGACGAGGUUUGGCAUCAAAUCAAAAAGAGAGGGAAUGCAGAAGAAGCUGCGAAAACGCUAAUUGAUAAAGCGUUGGCUAGAGGAAGUAAAGAUGAUAUCUCUUGUGUUGUUGUUUCUUUUCUUUCCUUCAAUCCAUCGAUUAAAUGA